ACCAUAACAAAAAGAGAGGAGAAAGAACACCAUUAAUAUGGUUUUUAACUUUAAGAUACGUUCUUGAGUGUGUUGUUUAUGAUCCCUGACACACAGUUUGGCAUCCUGGUCUUCGCAGAAUAGUGCUCCUGCCUGGAUUUGACCAUAUUUGAGGAAACUUGGUCUAACUGUUGAUAUUUCCACCAGGAGGCAGCAGUGAGCUCAUGACUGAGGGAUGAAGUAACCAAAGAUAUAAUCAAGGAAACAAACUGCUUUUAUUAAUAUGAAUGGGAUAUAAUGCAAUACAAUUCUUGUCCCGCCUUACUGUGCCGUUGUUCAAAAAUUUGUGGUCAGUAGGAUUUUUUAAAGAAAGAAAUCAAUGCUCUUAUUCAGCUAUGGUACAAUAAAUUGAUCAAAAGUAAGAGUAACUUAUGCUGAAAAGGCAGCUUUGACAUCACAGGAAUAAAUUACAAUUUAAAUAUUAAAAUAACAAACAGACCUUUGUAAUUGUAUUUUAUUAAAUAGAAAAUAGCAGCACAAUCAUUGUGCUUAAUAUCUCUUUGUGUUCCACAGAAGAAAGAAAUCCAUGGUGUUUGAAUGACAUUAGAAUAAAGCAGGUUGAUGUGGAAAAAAACAUAAAACAAAAUUCAAACCACAAUGACUUUUUAUACCUUUUAAUUCUGUUGGAAGUCUAUUCAUGUGUUCCUCUGAAGGCAAAUGAUGGAUCCUGACGUUAACGGAGAAUAAUUAUGAGUGCAAAGCUGCAGAGGAGAAUGUUGGACAACAAUAUUGAAAGGAAAAUGUGGCAGCAGAUGGAGAGGAAUGCAGCACGGGUUGAGUAGAGGACAAAAUCGGCCUUUUGUCAAUCAAAGGUCAAUGACUUUAAUUUUCUUUCCAUAUGGAGAGAAUGAGAUGAUUACUAUUGCAUAAGUAACAGGAAUUCAACCAGUGACCCAGACAUACUAAUGCAAAACAGAUGAGUGUGUGAAUUCGAAAAAGGCUCACUGACCCAACUGCAGCUCCAAACGCAACAAGUACUAUCGCACAAUGUUUGGGUCCCUCCUGCUUGCCAGUCUGUUUCUACAUAUGGUAGUCUCGAUACCUCAACCGGCCUGCCAUCGAUGCUGUGACCACCUCCCACCACUAGAUGACGCUGCGACGCUCAGAGAAAGCAUGCCUGGAAUGCCUGAGGUCCGCACUUACAUCAACAUGACCAUUCUCAAAGGUGACAAAGGUGACCGUGGAGAAAGGGGAACUCCUGGGAAGCCUGGGAUUGAGGGUUCCCUGGGACCACGGGGGACUGAAGGCCACAAAGGAGAUAAGGGACAGGCUGGAGCUCCAGGAGAUGCCUGCAAAUCCCAGCAUUCUGCUUUCUCAGUGGGCCGACGGAAGUCCCUUCACAGCAUUGACAACUACCAGGCCCUAAUCUUCGACACCAUCUUCGUGAACUCCCCUGAACACUUCAACAUGUUUGCCGGGAAGUACCGCUGCCAAAUCCCAGGAAUCUACUUCUUCAAUGUGAACAUCCACACAUGGAACUUCAAGGAGACGUACCUGCACAUCAUGCAGAACAACAGCGAGAAGGCCAUCGUCUACGCUCAGCCCAGCGACCGCUCCAUCAUGCAGAGCCAGAGCGUCAUGCUGCCUCUGCAGGAGGGCGACGAGGUCUGGGUCCGUCUCUACAAACGUGAGCGUGAAAACGCCAUCUAUAGCGACGAUGUGGACAUCUACAUCACCUUUAACGGAUACCUCAUCAAACCAGAAAUUGAGUGAGACCAGAAACGGCAAUGGGAAGGAGUGAAAGGAAUGUUUAUGGACAUGAAGGUUGAAAAUGUGCCAAAAUUUUUGAUCAGUGGAGCAGCUUUAACAAAAAUGAAAAGCAUCCAAACAUUUCAUAUUAGAUUUCUGCAGUCCAAACUAAAUUCCUAAUGUAGAGAAAUCUGCUUUUUCUACUUCAGUGUGCAUGGGGUCUUAUAUGAAGUUGUGGUCACAUUAGCAAAAUUUCAUUAUUUCACAUUAGGACAUACAACUUACGACGCAAGUUAUUAUAGAAGAAUAAAACAUCAUCAGCAUGCGCCGGAGCAAGAUGUAGGCCUGUCGCGCUUUGGCAGUUGUGGUUUCCACAUACCUGUAUUCCUUCUUUUCGCCUCAGUUUUUUAAGCUUUAGCGCAAUGUCAUGUUGAUCAUCAUUUCAUGUUGAAUUUUUAUUGCACUGUAAAAAGUGCUAAGUUGACUUAACUUAAAAUAAUCGAGGAAACCCGUUGCCUUUUAAGUAAAUGAUAAUUAAAAAAAAAUAAGUUAAGUGAAUUGCCACCCUGUUGAAAAAUCCAGCAUAUGCUGGUUUGGUAUGUUUUGAAGUAUGGCUGCUGGUCAUGAGCUGGUUUAAGCUGGUCAUGUGCUAAGCUGGUCCUGAGCAGGAGCUAGUUGCUUAGGACCAGCUUAGGACCAGCACAUGAUCAGCUUAUGACUAGCUAAGGAACGGUUUAAACCAGAUCAAACCAUGCUUCAAAACAUACCUAACCAGCAUAUGCUGUUUUUUUCAACAGGGUAGACAUAGGUCAUAGCAGCAAACACACUGUGAGAUGAUCUGACACUGUCAGAAAAUUUUCGCAGUCUAUCUUUGGUCACAAGACCAUGACAACGGCCAUCUUUUAACCUUUUUCACAGUACGACGUAGGACCAACAUUUAGGAGCCACAAUCAAUGAAAUCGGCAUGAUUGUUUCACGUUGGGCAUCUUUAGUCUGGGACAGCCUAAAAUUGUACAGCCUAAUGUAUAUCAGAUAUUACACGGAACGUUCUCGGCAAUAUUCUCUCAACGUUCUAUAACAUUAAUGGAAAGUUUGUUCAAAUUUUAAAAUGUUAGCACAAAAACGUUAUUUAUAAAUCCAUAAAAGACCAUUUUUUUCGUAAACAUUUUAGUUGGAUGUUCUUUUAACAUUUUUUAAAGGUUAGGCUACUACUUGUUUCGGAAAGUUUACAAAAUGAUCAAAUGGAACGUUCCCUUACCGUUUGCAUAAGUAGGCUAACCAAGAAAAAACAUCAACUCUGGACAUUUUGAAUGUUUAGAAACAUUCAGAAAUAAAGUUUUUAUGGCUUAAUUGGAAUGUUGGCAAAAUGUUUUAAAACCUAUUUUUUGUUAGCAGGGUCCAUUGUCAGUAGUGCCGACAUUUAUGAAGCACAGCUCAUACAGAAGUCACGUUCAGACCUUACAGAUUUCUUUGGGUCAGCGCUAAGAAUUCGCGUGACCAACUGAACCUGACAAAUCUGCAUGUGGAAAUUUUUGGCCCUAAUGCGAAACUCCCGAUCACACGGAUUCAUUGUAAUGACUGGGUUUCUCCCCGCAAAAUGUCGCAGAGCAACCGUAAAUAUGACAGCACAUUAACAGUAUAAAUGAAUUCCAGUAGUUUUUAACUGAUGGAUCAGGAUCCAAAAAUGAGCUGCAGGUCCCUUCUGUUGGUUUGUAACUGUUCUGUGGUUGACAUGUUUUGUGGUUGACAUCAAAAUCUGUGUGUACAGUAGUCUGGUGUAAUUUUAUUUCAUGUGGAAAAAGAUAGUCAAACUAGGCAGAUGCCAACAUGGUCAGGUUGUGUGAGGCGUUGUAGGCUAAUCUUCAAAAAACAAUGAGCAACUGUAUGCAUAACAAAAGAAAAUGCCUCUACAGACUAGGAAUCAGAUAUGAGGUUUGGUGCUGACCACGUGCUUCAUAGAAAUGCUAAAAUUCAUGGUCAUAUUAACCAAAAUGUUUGACAUUAGGGACAUCUCCAGGUUAUCUCCAGAUCUGAAGCGAAACCAGUUGAGCACCACUAAUGCAGCCCAGAUAUUUAGGUCUGUGUAGGCUUUUACAAAUCAGGCAGGGUCUUCAUAGGAUCCAUCAGCAGCAUCUGGGAAAGGGUAGCUGGUUUAUGUUAGAUGUGAUAGGAUGUUUACAUGGUGUGACUGAUUACUUCGACUGCUGCUGGUCCCUUCAGACAUUAACAGGCAACUGGAAUCAUAAUAAACCAAGUUCACAUUGAAGCAUGUUGUUGCUAAGGCUGCAUUCAUUUGCUCCAAAGUGCAGUAAAACAGUAAUAUUAGGAAAUAUUUUUACAACAUAUCUGUUUUCUAUUUUUAUUUUAAAAUGUAAUUUAUUCCCGUGAUGCAAAAUUCCAGUCUUCAGUGCCACAUGAUCCUUCAGAAAUCAUUCUUAUGUCUUAUGUCUUUAGUGUCACUUUUUGAUCAUUUAAAGCAUCCUUGCUGAAUCAAAGUGUUAAUUUCCUUAAAAAAUCCUAUUGACCUCAACAUUUUAAAUGGUAAUUGUUAUUAUAUCUGGCUUAAGAAAAUGGAAUCAAAAUCAGCCAUUUGUUGGUUUUAGAUGGGUCAGGUCCUGAGAAAAUCUGCUUUGAGUGUGUAUGGUUGUGUCUGGCUCUGUUUAUUGAGGGGAGGGGGGCUUUUAUUGCUGUUCAACAGGAUGUAUGUGGCUUUCCUUUUUCAGUAGCAAGAAUCCACUUGAGAGAGACUCACAUGGUAGAAAUAUAGAGCGGGAGAGUGAGAUUAAAUGCUCUGAAACCACAAGGCACUGAUCUCUGCCCCAAUCGGUGACUUAAAAGAGUCUUCAAUAAAA